AUGAAUGUCUCAAUGGAUCAGUUGAAUGCGCUUUUGCGCCAUUCAUUGCACAAUCAAGAUACCGCUGCAAACCUUUCAGAACCGAUUACCUCUUGGGUUAUAAAUAAGGAUAACAUGUCAGCCAACGGAUCCGUUGCCGUCAAAAGAGAUGAGAAAUUAGUGAUUCUUGAGAUAACAAUCUUAUCCGUAAUAUUUAUUCUCAUAGUAUUUGGCAAUUGUUGUGUUUUAGUUGCCAUUCAAUUGCAUAAAUCCAAAGCCAAUCGUAUGUAUUAUUUUCUACAACACCUGAGCAUAAGUGAUACGAUCACAGCUCUGUUCAAUGUAUUGCCACAACUUAUAUGGGAAAUAACGUAUAGAUUUAACGGCGGGAAUGUGUUGUGCAAAGUAAUCAAAUAUUUGCAAAUUUUUGGCCCAUACCUGUCCUCAUAUGUGUUGGUGAUGACAGCCAUCGACAGGUAUCAGGUUAUAUGCAACCCAUUGUCCAACUGUGGAUGGACUCCAAGCAGAUCCAAACUGAUGAUUAAAAUAGCGUGGAUUGUGUCACUUAUGUGUUGUUCGCCUCAACUCUACAUCUUCUCCUAUCAAGAGAUACCGGGAAAUCCAGGCGUUUAUGAUUGUUGGGUUAAUAAAUAUCCAAAAGUGAAGAUCAGUACAUUUCCAAAGCCAUGGGGCGAACGGAUAUACGUGACCUGGUAUGCCAUCAGUGUCUUCAUUAUACCAUUCAUGAUCUUAACGGUCACUCAUUAUCACAUUUGUCGCGAAAUUUGGCUUAAUUUACACAAAAAGCGCAAAAGUUUUCGAUUAAACAAAAACAGAGAUAACGUGUCGAUGAAAGCGAUGAAACAAAACGAGUUGGACUCGGAUUCAGUGAAUUCAUCGCAAACUAAUAGUGCAAACGUUUUAGUGUCUGUCGGAAAGUCCUUUCGAUUCAAAGGCAGAGGAAAACUGGAGGUGAGUCUGGAUAAGGAUUUUGGCGAUGAUUUCAGUCCACGAACGCAUUCAAUACACGGCUUAAGUCGGGCUAAAAUCAAAACGGUCAAAAUCACAGUCGUUGUCAUACUAUGUUAUAUCAUGUGCUCAACGCCUUUCAUUUGCGUCCAAUUAUGGGCCUAUUGGGUGCCGACUGCACAACAAUCGCACAUUUGGAAUGAUUAUAGAGAACUAAAUCGCAAGAGUACUACAAUUAUAUAA